AUGUGGUCGACCGUCUUCUGGCCAACCAUCACCGGCGACCUCAAGUGGCCAGACACGAAACCUCCCACCGUACCUGUCGUUCCUCCUCAGUGGCUUCCUGCUCGUGAUGCUUCUGACAAACUCCGCGCGACGUGGUUGGGCCAUGCGUGCUACUACGUCGAAUUCCCCUCUGGUCUGCGUGUCCUAUUCGACCCUGUCUUUGAAGACCGCUGCUCGCCAUUCGCAUUCAUGGGUCCGAAGCGCUUCACCCCGAAGCCCUGCGACCUCAAAGACAUCCCCGUCGUCGACGCCGUCGUCAUCAGCCACAGCCACUACGACCACCUGUCGCACUCUUCCGUCCUCGAGAUCCAGAAGCACCACCCCGACGUGCAAUUCUUCGUCGGUCUCGGCCUGGAAUCCUGGUUCCGCCGCAGCGGCCUCAACAACGUCACCGAGCUGGACUGGUGGGAAGACGCCACUCUCACCGUCACAACCCCCAUCAACGGCGAGAAGAAGUCCAUCUCGGCCCAAAUCUCGUGUCUCCCAUGUCAACACACUUCCGCCAGAACGGCGUUCGACAAGGACACGACGCUGUGGUGCUCGUGGGGCGUCAAGUCCGGCGACAAGAACGUCUGGUUCGGCGGCGACACGGGAUACCGCGCAGUCCCUCACCUCCCAGCCAGCGUCGACGACUACGGCCCUGAAUACGAGUCUCUGCCACGAUGUCCCCAGUUCAAGCAGAUUGGCGAGCACCGCGGGCCGUUUGAUCUAGGUUUGAUCCCCAUCGGGGCGUAUUAUCCCCGCGCUGCGUUUUCCGCCAUGCACGCGAAUCCGUUUGAUUCAGUCGAGAUUUUCCAGGAUACGAAAUGCGAAAAGGCAAUGGGGAUUCAUUGGGGUACUUGGGCUUUGACGAUGGAGGAGGUGCUGGAGCCUCCGAGGCAGCUUAAGGAGGCGUUGAAGCGGAAAGGCAUUGCGGAGGAGGGCGUGUUCGAUGUUUGCGACAUUGGUCAGAGCAGGGAGUUUUAA